AUGGAGAAUGGGGAUUAUUUGAUCAAGAAGGAGGAAAUGGUCAAGAAGGAAGACAUUAUCCACCACGACAUCCCCAAGAAGAUAAUCAAGAAAAGAGAUGAUAAAGAUGUUUGUAUUCCUCGUCCUCGCUCUUCUCAAUCAUCUUCUUCCCAAAUAUCCUCAUCAACUCUGAGUGUAGAGUCAAGUGUUCCAACUGCAUCAAGUAGUUCUUCAAUUAAUUCACAUACUUGUCCUGGAGGUGAAAACUGUCCAGAGUCGCUUUCGACUAGCCCUUCGGAAAUACAUUCUUCGAGUGUCCAAGAUACUAGCAUCACUCUGGAAACAUCUUCAGCCGUUUCUUCGCUGAGUUCAUUUGCCGCUUCGUCGACUAUUUCCACAAGCUCCCUGAUUGUUGCUUCGAGUUCUUCUUCUGAAUUAUCGAGUACUGAAGAUUCUCUGACAUCAUCGUUAGUUGUUGAAACAAGCACUUCUUCAUCUGCUAUUGAAACAAGCAGCUCGACCUCGGAACUUGAAACUAGCAGUUCUAAGUCCAGCAGUGUAUCGUCUAGUGUCAACUCCCCUUCCACUUUUGUCCCGUCGACCUUAACCACAGUUACGACUUCCUCAGCUGAAGUGGAACCUAGCAGCCCAAGCACAAGUCCUACUUCCCAUCAUGGUACUACACUAACUAGAACAGAGUCAACGUCGACCAUUAUCACCGACACUGUCUCUUGCAAGAUUUGUGAAGGAGGAAAGAGUUCCAGUCUUGAAGGAACCAGUAUAGUGCCAUCAUCAAGUUCAACAGAACCUUGUCCGAGUGAUGACGGUGGUGAUGAUGACGAUUUGUUCGGCGAUACCAGCACGUACUCAUUUCACUUGAAUACCAUUACUUAA